CGAAGAUGACAUAAUAAUUGAUUAAUCUUCAGAUUGCCACGGACAUAAAUUCUUCCGUUGUCUAACGCGGUAUCGAAGGAGAAGCUCAGUCUAUAUCUACAUCAUCGUCGUCGUCUCGACCUGUCUCAACACGCUUUCAGCAUGUAUCAGUCCAGCAACUUCGAGUGCGAGACGUGCGAUCGCGAGUUCGGCAGCGAAUAUGCAGCCAGUCAGCAUAUGAAUGCGCGCGGUCACUGGGCCAAACGCUAUCCCUGCGAGUCCUGCGGCGACGUCUUUCUCAACGAGUAUGAGUGUGAAGAGCACAUGGACCAAUAUGAUCAUUAUGCUCCGAAGCACGGCUGUGAGGCAUGCUCUAAGAUGUUCUAUUCGGCUCAGGCUGCUCGAGCGCACAUGGACAAGCUGGAUCAUUGGCGACGUGUUUGGUGCGAUAAAUGCCAGAGAGGCUUCCAGAAUGAAAACAAAUUACGCAUGCAUCUCAAUGGUGCUGCGCAUCGCGCUAACUCAAUCGAUUGUCCAUUCUGCAAACGCAACUUCACCACCGCCACGGGCGUCACGCACCAUCUCGAAUCCGGCUCAUGUCCCAAUGCAACCAAUGUCAACCGCGAGGUAAUCUAUCGUGCAAUUCGCGCAAGGGACACUUCUGGCGUGAUCACUCAUAAAACCAUCGAGUGGCACUCCCAAUCGAAUGGCUCUUUUGAGGCCAGUAACGCAUCCUGGAACGGAGAAUGCUUCGAAUGUUACUUGUGCCACCGUGGUUUCAACACAUUGCGUGGCUUGAAUCAGCAUCUAAGCAGCCCGGCCCACAAGCAAAGAAUCUAUCAUUGUGUCAGUCGCAGGUGUGGGAAGGAAUUCACUGCACUGGCAGCGCUGUUCAGUCAUCUCGAAAGUGAAAGUUGCGGGGCGGUGAGGUUCGAGAGGGUGCAGAAGAGUAUGCAAGGAAUCUUGACGGGCAGGACUAGAGCAAUUGCUUUCUGAUUUCGUUGCGGGACCCUUGGCGCUGAAGAUACGGCUGUAUCUUGUUGACUGGAGUAGAAAAGUCAGGGUGGGACUCUCAAUUUCUCGGGCGGCAUUUGUCAGCCUCAAGUUUCGUUAUACGAUUUGACGCUGGGAGGGUCGGAGUGUGGUAUUAUGAGCUACAGCUGAAGGCAUAGUGCUUCACACAGCAUGAUUCUUCGCACAACACGCAGUGCGAGACAUACCAUUCUUUCACAACAAAUACUUAUAUCUUGAAGAUUAUACAGAAUUCACAAUCGCUGUUGAUUGAU